AGGGUGGCCAUGGCAGAGAUAAAGCCUGAGACGUUUCUAGAAUACAUCAUCAUCAAGUACCGAUGGUUGCUGGUGAUAACCACACUGAUGCCGCUAUCCUUCCUCUGGAAAAUCUGGUCCACCGUCAGGAACUACGUGGUCUUCAAACUGAACAGCGCACCGCUGGCGCACGAGAGAAAAGUUAGAGAUGUCCAGAGACAGAUCAAAUCUUGGCUGUCCGGUGACCGCAGUACGCGGUUAUGCACGGCGCGGCCCGGCUGGCAGACCAUGUCCUUCCGCCAGGGUCUAUACAAGAGGAGCUUCACCAACAUACACAUCGACAUGGUGGAUGUGCUGGAAGUCGAUACUGAUAACAUGACGGUCCGCUGCGAACCGUUGGUGACGAUGGGUCAGCUCUCCCGGACGCUGGCGCAGCUUGGCCUGGCGCUGGCGGUGGUGCCCGAGCUCGACCAGCUGACGGUGGGCGGCCUGGUGAUGGGCACCGGCGUGGAGACCAGCUCGCACCAGCAUGGCCUGUUCCAGCACAUCUGCGUGGAGUACGAGCUGGUGCUAGCUGAUGGCUCCGUGGUUAAGUGUAACAAGCACGAUAACCCAGAUCUGUACUAUGCUGUGCCGUGGUCUUACGGUACCCUCGGGUUCCUGACGGCAGCAACCAUCAAAGUGGUUCCCGCUAAAAAAUAUGUUCGUCUGCAGUAUCAUCCUUACCAGAACCUGAAGGGUCUAUGUCAUAGGUUCCAAGAGGAAUCCACGAAGAAGAAUCCACACCAGUUCGUGGAGGCGCUGCUGUAUACGAAGGACUCGGGUGUCGUGAUGACGGGAGAUAUGGUGAACGAAAUCGGUGAUGAUGGGAAGUUCAACCCCAUCGGCAAAUGGUAUUCGGAGUGGUUCUUCACGCAGGUCGAGAAGCAUCUGACACGGAAUACGAGCUGUAUAGAUUACAUACCGCUACGGGACUACUACCAUCGACACACGCGCAGUUUCUUCUGGGAACUACAGGACAUAAUCCCGUUUGGCAACCACCCCAUCUUCCGGUACCUGUUCGGGUGGCUGAUGCCGCCGGAGGUCUCCCUGCUGAAGCUGACGCAGCCGGAAGCCGUCACCAAGUUGUACAACAAGGCACACAUCAUACAGGACAUGCUGGUGCCGAUAGAAACCCUGGAGGAAGCGGUGAUGAAGUUCCAUGAGGAGUUUCAGGUGUACCCGAUGUGGCUAUGUCCAUUCAAAGUGUUGGACCAGCCCGGACAGCUGCAGGUGCGUUCCGGAGCGGACAGAAUGUAUGUCGACAUCGGCGUCUACGGAGUGCCUAAGGCUAAAGGGUUUGAGACGGUAUCAUCCACAAGGAACAUCGAGAAGUUUGUAGUAGAGAAGCAGGGGUUCCAGAUGCUGUACGCCGAUACCUUCACCACGAGAGAGGAGUUCCGGGCAAUGUUUGACCACACUUUAUACGACAAACUACGGGAUACGCUACCGUACUGCGAGCUGACCUCCGAAGAGGCGGCAGAUGUAGCAGACAACUGCUGCAAGGCGGGGCAGGCGUUCGCGAUGUCAUCACCGUCGUGUGAUGGUGUGCAGCCGCCUGAUGAUAUUGAGGAGGAGCAGAAAGACGCUUGCCUGGGGCCGCUGAGGACGUGUUGCGACCAGCAGCAGCAGCAAAAGGAUGAGUGCGAUGCUGGUAUGAAAUUUGCGCCUUCGAAGCGCUGCACCGUGCCUAAAAGUGACAUUGGUCGGAUGUGCUGCGACGAGUGCUCGUUCGGCGCGCUGGCCGGGGAGUCCCAGGGUAUCGGGGGGUGUGGGGAGGCAGUCAGCUACAGCUACAGCCCCACCUCAACGUUGAGGAACAACGCUUACCACCGCUGCUGUGUGGAAGCCACCAAAAAAGUAGAGACAACGACGGAGAAACGAACGACCACUACAGAACGGACCACAACGGCCAAACCCCGGGAGAGGUGCAAGGCGGACUCCUGUGAGCACCAGUGUUCUGAUGAUGAGGGUGUGGUGAGAUGCACGUGCCGGGAGGGGUUCCGGCUGCAGCCAGAUAAUAGGACUUGUAAAGAUAUAAACGAAUGUGCAGAGGCUGUGGAGGAUCUGUGUCUAGCUGAGGACACGGUGUGCCACAACACAGAGGGGACUUUCAAGUGCGUUCCCAUCAAGAAGCGGGACGUCAGUCUGUCCUGUCCGCCGGGAUUCAAGAGAAACGUGAAGAACCAAGUCUGUGACGAUAUCAACGAGUGCCAACUCCCUCGGCCGCCGUGUCCGAAGUACCUGUGCAAGAACACGAUAGGCGGGUACACCUGCGCGGGCAAACCCGGGAAGCCCUUCAUGGAGGCCGGGCCUUCGCCCACCACCGACGCGAGCGUGUCCACCAGCCCUGCGAAGAACGACAUCUGCCCACCGGGCUUCAGGGCGGGACCUGAUGAUGAAUGUCUUGACAUCGACGAGUGCGAGGAACACCUGGACGACUGUCAGCGCCUCUCGCAGUACUGCAUCAACACUCACGGUGGGUUCUUCUGCCAGGACCACGUGUCUAAGCGCUGCGCUCCAGGAUUCAAGGUCAACGCGUUGGGCGUUUGUGAAGAUAUUGAUGAAUGUGAAGAGAGUUCUGACAUUUGCAAGCGGACUGAAGUGUGCAUCAAUCUGCCCGGCGCCUACAACUGCAAGUCCAAGAUCAGCACACUGCCCAAAUUGGUACCCAAAACAUGCCAAGAGGGCACUCGUAUGAGACCUGGAGGAGGCAAUUGUGAAGACAUAGACGAGUGUCGCGAAGGCACGCACCUGUGCGACCAGUUCCAGAACUGCAUCAACACGUUUGGCGGACACGAGUGCCGCUGCAAAAAGGGCUUUGAGCUAGACUCCUCGUCCGGAUCCUGUACAGACGUAGACGAGUGCGCGCUCAAGCUCGACAAUUGCGCUGCGGGCAUGCACUGUCUGAACGUGCUAGGUUCGUUCACGUGCACGCGCCGCCCGCUGCAGGCCCCGCCCACGCCGCCACCCACACCACCACCCACGCCGCCCCUCCCCCCCGCACCUAGUAACGACUACGAGUACGAGUAUUAUGACGUCGAUGAUGAUACCAGCGACUUACCUCCGGUCCCCACACCAACACGUCGCCCCACCACCACGCCCACUACAACACCACAACCCACCACUACCCCAAAACCAACCACUGCCCCAAAACCUACCACAACCCCAAAACCCACCACAACCCCAAAACCCACUACAACCCCGAAACCUACUACAACGAAACCAACAACAAGACCGCGACCGACGCGGCCUCCGACAACAACUUCAACUACAACAACACCAAAACCAUACGAACCUCCAUAUCAACCCAGACCUAACGCGUGGCGUCCAAACCCUGAUAUUCCCAUUGUAGAAGUUCCAAAACCUAACAACACAGCGGUUAUUGAGAGUGACAGGAAACCAGAUGGAAGUUACGACCUGGAUUUAGGUGAUAUACCUGAAGGCACCUGGACUAACGUGGUAGGAAGGGAUCCGAAGCCAGAAGAAGAUCCGAAUCGAUUGUUCUGUUUGAGCGGGUACGAGAGGAAUGAAAGAGGAGAGUGUGUUGACACCGACGAAUGCAAACUGAACCGUCACAUCUGCGGGCCUCUAGAGGUUUGCAAGAACAUGGACGGCGGGUACGAGUGCGAAUGUGUACCCGGGUUCACCAGGGAGGCCAGUGGAUACUGUGUUCCCGCAUCGGUUCCCACUACACCCAGAACCACACCUAGAACUAUGCCUAGAACCACGCCUAGGAUUACUACUCCUAGAACCACUCCUAGAACCACUACAGUCAGAACAACAACACCUCGAAGAACCACAACAUCAACUACAUCUUCUACGACUACUUCAACCACUGUAGCUGCCCCGACUUACCCCGAGUACUCGCCGGGUGGCAACCGCAGGUACCCAACGUACCGGCCACAACCGCCAUCUGGUUGUGACUUCGGCUACACCUUCAGCACCAGUCAAGGAAGAUGUGUUGACAUCGACGAGUGCGCGACCAACAAGGCGUCGUGCGCGCCCAAAGAAGACUGCGUCAACUCCGACGGCGGGUACAAGUGUGUGUGUGGCUGGCGGUGUCGCUCAGAAAACGGAGUUGUUCCAUAUGCGCCACGGCCCCGCGAGCCAUCGGUGAUCACAGUUGGGUCGCAGUACGGGACGCGCGGGGGCCGCUACGUGCGACCCACCGUGACGCGCGAGCCCGGCGCCGGCGCGCAGCUCUUCACGUGCCCCUGGGGGUACAGACUGACGCCUGACAGGUUUUGUAUAGACAUAGACGAGUGCGCACGCAACAUCUCCGAGUGCGGUCCGGAGCAGCGCUGCGAGAACUUCUACGGCGGGUACUCGUGCCAGUGUCCGCCCGGACACCGACACCAGGACGGCCGGUGUGAGGACAUCGAUGAGUGUGGAUACGCCAAUACAUGUCCCUACAACGCUCGGUGCGUGAACACAGUGGGCUCGUACAAGUGCGAAUGCGGGGAGGGUUUCCAGAACGCGCCCUCUAACGACAAGGUCUGCGUCGACGUCGACGAGUGUGCCCAGCCCGGCCUGUGCGACCACGGCUGCGUCAACUCCUGGGGCGGGUACCGCUGCUUCUGUAACCGAGGUUACAGGCUGCAGGGUGACAACAGGACGUGCGCGGACGUUGACGAGUGCGCGGAGUACGGCGGGGGCGGCGCGGGGGGCGGGGGGCGGCUGCGGCUGUGCGGGGGGCGGUGCGUCAACACCGCGGGCUCGUACCGCUGCGCCUGCCCCGCCGGGUACCGCCUGGCCGAUGACACGCGCAGCUGCAUAGACAUCGACGAGUGCGAGAGCGGCGAGGCGCAGUGCCUGGCGGCGGCGGCGGGCGGCGUCUGCCAGAACACGCGCGGCGGCUACCACUGCCACCAGAUCACCUGCCCGCCGGGCUACAGGCUGGAGGGACGACACAAGUGCACCCGCAUCCAGAACUCGUGCCCUAUCUCUGACUGGAGCUGCCUGCAGCAGCCGAGCUCAUACAGCUACAACUUCAUUACAUUCGUGUCCAACAUCUACCUGCCAAGGGGGAGUGUGGACCUAUUCACGAUGCACGGGCCGUCGUGGGCGGACGCGGUGCUGAAGUUCGAGAUGAACAUGCUGGAUGUGCAGGCCGGCCCCGGCGUCACCCACGCCGACCUCAGCUGUUUCCACAUGCGGCCGAUGGGCAACAUCUGCGUGGUGUCUCUGCAGUGCUCGCUGGCCGGGCCGCAGGUGGUGGAGCUGGAGCUGACGAUGUCGCUGUACCAGCGGAACAUGUUCGGCGGCAGCGCCGUCGCCAGACUCAUCGUCAUCGUGUCCCAGUACGAGUUCUAGACGUCACCAGAGUGUAGUCGCCACCCGAUACUGGCUUAGGGUCAAACUAUAUUAGUGCGGAGUCGAAGCGCAUCGAAGCGAAUUACCAAAUCUGAACAUAACAAAUUCAACCUUAACUCCAGAGCGCAACACACUCAAUAAUUUUGAGAUUUUAAAACGUCGCGCGCAUUUUAGCGAAUUAGCGUGAAUGCGCGCGACCAACGCUGAUUGGUCUCGCAGAAGUAAUCUGUGCGAUGCGCUCUGGAAUUAAGGUUGAAUUUGUUACGCUCUUGAUAAUUCGCUGCGAUGCGCUUCGA